CAAAAACAAUGUGUGAAACAAUUGAUUCAAUUGAUGACACUUUUAUAAACCUUUUAUUCAUUUCAUAUCAAUAUUAGACAUGUUUUUAAUUAACGAGUAUUUAAGGGGUAUAUCAAUGAGUUAGCGGUCGGUCCGUGUCCUUCACUAUCAAUGAAAACAAUGUCCAAAAGUGUGGAUCAGAUGUUCACUUUGGCUGAACACUUCUUUGAAUUGUCUCAAAACGAUUGGACACAACUGCGACCCAAAGACAUCAAAGACACCAAAUAUAACCAAAACAAGUCCAUCGAUGAAAGACUUCUGGAUCUGUUGGUCGAAGAGAAACACAAAUCAAAUAAACAAAAGAAUCUGAACACCGGUUCCCAAGUGCUGAAGAAGUUGGUGUUGAGGGAGAAGUUGAAUCAUCUGGUGGUGAGUUUGUUGAGCGGAUCCGAUGGCUACACAAUAGGCGUGAAGUUGUCGGAAACGGAUGGUGUGAUUGAGACGAUGCGUCUGCCAUACGAUGAGAACCAGUUAUUGGAUUACAUCGACAACGAAGAGUUGCCCCCAUUUCUGGUGGACUUCAUCGAGAACUCGCCGCUCGUGAACUGCAAUCUCUUCCAAACCGGAUGUCUUAUCUUCGAAGUGCGAGACUAUCGCCGGUCAGCGCCGUCUCAUUCUCACCACUACUCCUCCCAAUGGGUUCUUCUGCGGCCCAGCACUCAGAGUCUCACCAACGAUGUCAUCAAUAUUAUCAAUAACUCGAGCGAUGAGUACUUGUGGACCAAUGAAGAUAAAGCUCAACUCGAGGCGCAGCUACUUCUGGCCACUUCUCCCAACCUAUGUCUCGAUCCGAGCCCUUCGGUGGCCAUACUGUCCAACAAGUUGUGGCGAAAGAAACGGAUGUUCAGAGACAGCGCUUUCUUGAAACUGUCCAAGAAGUGCUCGCAGACGACCGUCAAUCGGGUGAAGAAGUUUGAGUCGUUGGCGGCGCCGAAGAUGUUUAGAUUACAUGAGUUCCUGAAGAAGAGGAAUACCAAAAGCAGUUCUCAAUCAAAAGUCAAUAAAUCGAUUAAUAUCAAUACAAGUGAAGCAAUUUACGAACCAAUUCCUGUUAAGAGUAUAGGAGUGGACAAAGUGGCCAAAGAGUUACCAAAACCACACAUCAUUGCUGACAAUUCAUUGAUUAAGGUCGAGGAAUAUAAGAUGGAUUUUAUGGAUGAUAAUAGAAGAUCCCUGACAUCAGUUAAUAUUCUUCACCGACCUAUUGAUGACACAUAUUUUGGACAACUGGUCAUUGAUAGACAGGGACAUCUCAGGGGAUCCACCUCUACAUUCUGUUUGGGAACAAAACAGUCGACCAAACGAUAUGUCGAACAGUUUACCGAAAUUCUGACAGAAAAUGGCAGAAAAUCGGUGAAAAUAGUGCACACAAUCGCGGGACAAGUGCCUCAAAUCAGUUACACACCGGCGGCCACCGCUCAGGGAUUGACAAUCACUGCCAGUAAAGAGAUGCUCGAAGACGACACCAUACCUGUAACCAUUGGGGCGACGCCACCAAAAAAGCCUAAAUUAGUUGCCAUUGAAGCGAGUCCUACACACAAUCCAACGUCUCUACUGCAGAGUCCCAUCAUAUCUCCGACGCCUUUGGCGCCAAUAGUCACUCCUAAACUGCCAGAAACCGUUACAAUACCCGCAGGUAUUCAGCAAAUAGAGUGCGCGGACACCAGUCAUCAGUCGAUAACCACAUCGACUCCAUUGCCAACCGGUGUUAGUCUCGCGAGUCUGAGUCUAGCGCCGGUUCAGCAAAACCUUCGCUUACAUAACUUGGUUUCGCUGACCCCUCAGGGGCUGGCGGUUCCCAUAUCACUGACUAUGAUGUCGACUCCAUCGGGACCACAGCCCUCAAUAAUGACAACCCCUGGCUCUAUGAUCGUGAGUCUGGACCAAACUGAUGCUAAAGACCACGAAAACGUGACCGUCACGUACUCUACGGCCCCCACUACGGUGCUCAUGUCGACGGGUACGGCCGGUAGUAAUGUCCUGUCGGUUCCAAUAGGAAUGGCUGGAAGUCUAGGCGUUCAUCAACUGAACGCUCAGUUCAUAAACCAAUUGAAGCAAAAUACGGGUCAAAUACGUACGACUGGACCUCAGGUUUCACUGUUGCAGAUGAGUAGUGCGCCCACAGUUCCACUCUUAAGACCCUUAGCACCGCAUACAUACGCGCCCUCGUCGUCGACCACCACUUUCACGCAAAUCCAGGCCAACCCACACCCGACGCAAACACUUACACCACAGCAACAGUUCACGAAUGCUCUGAGAAAACAAGUGCAACAAACACAGCAACAACUCGUACCACAAAAGCCUCAGAGGAAGAGAACCACUAAGAAGUGAUCGCCAGCUCUCAUCUCCAUUUAGUUGCAAUUAUUACGUAAAUUAUUUAGUAAUUUAU